ACAGGGGAGAAGCCAUAUCACUGUAGUAUCUGUGGUAAAUCUUUUAUUGAAAAGAGUAGCUUAACUAAACACAAACGUAUCCAUACAGGGGAGAAGCCAUAUCACUGUAGUAUCUGUGGUAAAUUAUACUCUAUUUACAGUCAAUUAAUUGAACACAUACGUACUCAUACAGGAGAGAAACCUUAUCCCUGCGAUAUCUGUGGUGAAUCAUUCUCUGUUGGCAGUAGUUUAACUCGUCAUAAACGGGUUCAUACAGGAGAGAAACCAUAUCACUGUGAUAUUUGUGGUAAAUCUUUCUCUCAAAGCAGUAGCUUAACUAAACACAAGCGUAUUCAUACAGGGGAGAGACCAUAUCACUGUGAUAUCUGUGGCAAAUCAUUCUGUCAAGCAGGUAACUUAGCUACACACAAGCGUAUUCAUACAGGUGAGUAACCAUAUCGCUGUGAUAUCUGUGGUAAAUCAUUCUCCGAAAAGGGUAUCUUGACUACACACAAAUUUACCCAUCAUGGUGUAAAACUAUAUCAUUGUGAUAUCUGCAGUAAAUCAUUCUGACAAAAACAUCAGUUAAUUAAACACAAGUGCAUUUAAUUAAACACAGGUGCAAAGGAUCCAUAGCACAGUGACAUUUGUUGUAUAACAUUCCCUCAGAAGGACAAGCUUGUACCUCAGGAAAAUCUCUACACAUGAUUGAAACGAUGUUAUGAAUGUGAUAUCUCUAGUAAAUCUUUCAACUCAGAUCAUCCAUUAUUGAAUCAAAAGAGCAUUGACAGAGGAAGGAAAACAUAUGACUGUGAUGUUAAACCUGAAUCAUUCUUUCAAAAUGGUGAAUUGUUUGUACACAGUCCUAUUAAUAUGAAAGAUAUAACUGUAACCUAAGCUAUUCGUGCUAAAUCAAUCUAUGAAAGUGAUCAAUUAUGAAAUGUAAAUGCAUUCAUACAGAAGAGGAACCACGAUGAUGAUGAUCCUCAUCAUUUAAAAUUCACUUUUCCAUGCUUCUAUGGAUCAGAUGGAAUUCAUUGAUGGAGAUUUUCUACAUCUGUAUACCUUUCUUGUGACCAAUCUUCACCUGUUUCCAAGCAAGGAAAUAUCUUCCCUGGUGAGACAUAUUUUACACAGAAGGCUGGUAGUGAACAACUGCAUCAGUAUGAUGGUCAUGAUGGUCCUUUAUAAGCAUCACGUGGUAUCUAGGCAAAGGAACACACACACACACACACAUAUGUAUGUCUCAAGAAUUUCUUAUAGGAAAUAUCUUAAAUGUUUUCUCUACGUGUAAAUGUUUGUAAUUCCUAUUAGGAAAUGAAACACAUGUAAUGCUGAAUAAAUAAUAUCAAACUUUU